AUGAUUAGCAGAAGGCAAAAUAUCGGCAUUUUGUACAGUCGUUACGAACAACUCAUUAUAUAUACACGACCGUUUCCCGCCAAAACAUACACCCAAUAUUCGUGUCGUGUGAGUACCCCAAACACGAACAGUUCCCUAAGCACCCGACCCGGCAAUCCUCUUCGACCCGACCCGGAACCCGUUCUGCAAAAUCAGGCACUUUCAUAUUCGGCAUCCUCAAGAAUCUAUCUGGGCCACACCCGAGCCCGGCCCGUCUCGUGCAACCACUCGUCCAAUUCCCGUUGGCCCACUCGGCCUGAUUUGCGGGCUCGAACCCCUGCAAACAAGAACAUAUGGGCGAACGAAGCGGGUCACAAAGCCCGAAAGGCCCACAAGUCGCGUAGAGAUCACAGGGGUUCUGUGGGGCCACCCACACGAUAUCCCAGCUCCGAGUCUGUUCGGUCCAGAGGGUUUGGACCAAGCUUCCGGUCGAGUUCACGUCGAUUUUCAUUAAAAGCUGGCCGGGAGGGACAUUGA